AUGACGAUUACAGAAAAUCACAAGAUGGGCUUCUUUGACGGCAUUACACAAGCUUUUGAGAGGGUCGCCGAAACAGCUACAGCGGCAAUUCAACAUAUUGCAGAGUCUGUUGAGGAAAUUCAGCGAAAGAUUCGCGAGCAAGCAGAAAGGGCUGCGGAGCAGUUGGCUCAAAGUGUCAUGAGCCAAGUGAACUCGGCAGCUGACAUCAUCGACGAGAUUACCGAGCUCGCCUCGUCUGCCGCAGAUGAAGGCGUAGACAUUACCGAGGCCGUCAAUGCCGCCGUUGAGAUUGCCGUCCAAAAAGUCGAAGACGCUAAGACGGCCGCUAUCAAGGCUGUCAAAGACUUUAUAGACCAUGCUCAAGACAAGCUGUUUGGGUUAUUGAAAGCCAUCUUGCCAGGAUUUCUUCAUUCUUCCAUCGAUUGGCUCAAGGAUAAAGUCAAGUUUGUUGUCAACAACUUAGUUGCAAUUGGUGCGAGACUCAUUGAAAAUGGGAUUUCCUUUGUCUUGCAAAAGAUCAAAGUCUUUGUACAAGAUCUUGUCAGGAAGAAACCCGAGCAGUGCGAGCUGGUUGUGCAGUGGAUAGAAGAGAAGAUGAAACGUACGGAACGACAAUUUUUACAAAAGGCCGGCGUUGCACCCGUCAGCGCCGUGAUCAGGCGGCAUAAAUUCUUCGAACUCCUGCCUCCCGAUGAAAUUUCUUGGAAAGCUCUGGUACACGAGUUUCUGGACAGAGAGGAUAGCACAGCAGCAUGGCGCUCUUGCCAAGAUAGCAUGAAGCCUCUGCUGGCCACCACCAGGCCCAAACCCGGCAGCAUGGUCCAGCUUACCUGGGAUAAUCCAUACACUGAUGAGCUUGGUGGCCAGCAGCGUGUGCAAAUCACGGUAAUAUACUUCAGGUGGCGUACAGAAGAGUUUCGCAAAGUUUCGGCUGGUUUUAUUGGCAUCGUCGCCAUGAUCUCCGCCGUAGAUGCUUGUGCAAAGCCAUUUGAGCCCCCGACUACUAGGGGAAUACCGCACGAUCCACCGCUACAGAUGGACUCGGCUGCAAUGCAGGCCAUUUAUGAUGAGCUUGCGCCGCACAUGCGUCUUCUGUCUAAAGGAGGUAGCCAAGAUUCAGGCAUCCUUGCGAGGCCGAAAAGGACUGUUUCGAGACAGCUGAAAUUUAGGGAUGACGAUGGGGUCUGGAGAACUGUUGACGUGUAA